CGCGUUCCACUCUCAUCCCGGGUGCGCGCUGUUGGUGCGCGUGCGUGCGCGUGUGUGUGUGUGUGUGCGCGCGCGGGGCUCCACGUGACACCUUCUCCCGCGAUUGAAAUCGGCGUGGGAAAAGUUUAAUUGUCGAACAGAUAAGAAGUUCACCAUCGUCGUCACCGUCAUCGUCUACGACAGCCUCAUCGAUAGCAUCUACACCAGCAUCAUCUUCUCUCGCGACAUCUACAAAUAAUAACAUCGACAUCAUCUGCAUCAUCAUCAUCCACAUCGCCUCUAGCGAAAUCUGCAUCGUCUGCACAAACGAACAUCCUCAUCUUCAUCCAUAUGCAUAUCGAGCGUAUUUAGAAUGCCAUUAACUUCAGUUGCAACAUCGACAUCAUCUGCACUUAAUCGUAUCGACAUAUCAAUCGCAACGUCUACAUCAUCUACGUAAUCUGCAAAUUCCAUCGACAUCAUCGACAGAAAACAUUGACACAGUCUACGUCGUCUCCAUUAAACCAGUAGCCACAUCAUCUACAAACAUAAUCGAGGCGACACAGACCAUCUGCAAGGCCAUAUACAUAAACGUCAUCUGCAUACCACCAACAUCACCAUCCCCAACAUCUGUAACAACAUCAUUUCCGAUUAAUGUUGAGAACAUUCAAUUCAAAGGCCAUCUGCAACAACAUCGUCAUCAUCGUCGACAUCAUCUACAACAUCGUCUCCGGCAACAUCUACAACCUCGACAUCUACAGCAGCAGCAUCUACAUCAACGUCUGCAGCAGCAUCUAGAUCAGCGACAACAGCAACACCAUCGCCAUCAAUAUCAUCAGCAGCAACGAUGGAACGUUCAAUAUGAAGUUCAUAUACACACUGUAAGCACAUGGACAUUGUGCUGCGGUCGUGUGUGUGUCUGUACAAGUUUGACUGUUGUCAAAUGACACGACGAUUUGUCAACACGAUCGACUUCCCGGGAUAUAAUUGAUUACAUCCACUCCGGAUCGCCAGGAGAUCUUCCUCGAGCCGACCGCCAGCGAGAGAGAGCGAGAGCAACGAUUACCAUGGUGGUCAUCUUACACGCGUUGUUAUCCUGCCGAGAACGACGGUGAUGGUGAUGAUGAUCAGGAAGAUGAUGGUUGUGGUAGUGCCGAAGACGCCGGAGUUGAUGAUGGCGAUGCCAUAGAUCCAGAAGACAGCGUGGACGAUCACCUCCAGAGUUGUCAACCCUCAAUCCUUCUAGUCAUCCAUCCGUCUAUCCAUUAGUCCAUUCACCCAAUAACUUCCUGCACCUGUCAAUUCUGCUCGAUCGUGUGUUCGCCCAUCCUUCAAGCUAGCCACACACCGACCUAUUCACGCGUCCGUAUAGUCGUCAUCUAUUUAUCUAGUCACCCAAUCGUCUAUGCGUCCACCUAUUCACCCGACCAACGGCUCAAAAAUCAGCGUAUAUUGACACACCCAUAGAGUCACUCACUCACCCAUCCAUCUAUUCAUUCGAUAAGCACAGCGUCGAUUCAACUCUUCACCCAUCGAACUAUUCGUUGCUCUAUUCAGCCGCCAGUAUUUUUCUUGACACACUCGCGUGUCCACCCCAUCCGUUAGGUCGCCUAUAUCCACUACCACCACCACUACAUCUAUCCACCACUCAUCAAUUCGUCUCCGAAAAAAACUCAACCCCCCUCGUUCGCUCAUCUGAUCACCAACUUUCGCGCGUCAACUCAUUCAAUCGCCUAUCCAUCCAUUCGCCUGCCUAUUCGUUCACCUCACACCAACACCUCCUCCUCCUUCCACUCUCAUCGGUAGCAGGGUAGCAGAGUCAUAGCUCGGCUCGUAGCCCGCCGGCCCGCCCGCGAUGUCUUCUCUGGGCGCGCUGUGUCUCCUCUGUGGCGCGUUGUGGUCCUCGGCUGGCCUCACGUCGGCCAAGGGCACGUUCCAGCCCCUGGGAUACAACCUCUACUCGUGGGGCUCCGGGCCCUCGCACCCUCCCGGAGUUGGAUUUCGACCCCACAACAAACACAAGAACUGGUGCGCCUUCGUGGUGACCAAGAGCGUCACGUGCGUCAUACAAAACGGCAGCGAUGCCCACGUGAAGGCCGAGUACCAGCCCUGCACGUGGGGACUCUCCAAGUGCUCGCGAACUCUCACAUACCGCGUGUACCAGCGGCCCACAUACCGCGUGGGCUACAAGUCGGUGACCGAGCUCGAGUGGCGCUGCUGCCCUGGCUACCACGGGGUCAACUGCCAGGACGAGACGGGCGGCCCCGGGGUGGGCACCGGUGGGGUGCCCAGCGGGGUGCCUGGUGGGGGUACUGGAGGUGGGCCCGGUGGGUACACCGAUGAGGUCCCGGGGGGCUCCGUGGACGGAGUGCCUGGAAGACCGCACACAGGCGAUGGAGGAGGUCGCCAAGUUCCCAGCCAGAAGAUCGACGGACCUGGCGGCAGGGCCCCCUCCGACCUGCUGGGCGAGCGCGUGUCCCGGCUGGAGGAGGACAACCGGCGCCUCACCUCGUCGCUCGAGACGCUGCGAGUCUCCCUGGCCGGCAUGGCCGAUCGCCUCCGUGCGGCCGCACAGGAGGACGCGAGCCGCCUGCUGCUGGGCCUGCUAGAGAGCGGCGCCAACACGCGCCUGCCCGAAGGCACGGCGAUCCGGGACCCCGAAGGCCUCCUGCCCGACCUGCGCGCCUCCGGCCUUCGGCUGGGGCCCAACGGGCAGCUGGUGGCGCCGGGCCUCCAGGAGGUGGCCUCCAAGGUCACACACGUGACCGACGUGCUCAAGACGAAGAGCGAGGCUCUGGACGAGCUGCAGGGCCUGGUGCUCGACCACACGCACAAGAUCCAGCAGCUCAUGGACAUCAGCAGGAACGGCGCCGACUCGGCGGCGGGCCACGACCUCUCGUCCAUCGACGCGCACCUCCAGAAACGCAUCGACGACGCCAGGGCGCAGAUCCUGUCUGGCGUCGAGCAGAAGACGUCGGCGCUCAAGUGCAGCUGCGACACGCAGCUGGUGGUGCUGCAGCAGCAGGAGCAGCGCGACCAGCGCGUUCAGGACGCCCUCGACGGAUUCUCGGGUCAGCUGGACACCCUCCGAGCGCGCCUCGACGCGCCAACCGGGUCGGUCGGCGGCCCCGCGGCCGGUGGCGCCGGCGGCGCGGACGUCGGCGGCGACUGCUGCCGGGACCUCGCGUCUCGCCUCGGCGAGCUCGAGUCGCGAGUGUCGCUCGUGGGCGACGCUCACGACACGCUCAACGCUCGCCUCGACAGCGAGGUGGAGCGCCUGGGCGGCGUGGCGGGCGGCGCGCUGCCCGAGGACGUGGACGCUCUGCUCCGGGAGCGCUUCGACGACCUGGAGGCGCGCAUCAAUGCGAGCGAGAAGAACGCCGAGGUGCACUGCCAGUACGUGCAGGAUGUGCUGCGGGGCCAGUUCGCGGCCGACAUCGACGGCAUCCAGACGGGCCUCGACAGCAAGCUGCAGGGCUUCGAGGACAAGUUCGUGAACAUCAUCACGGAGAUCGGCGGCCAGGGAGGAGGAGGAGCGGGAGGCGACGGGGCUGACGGCGCGGGCCUCCUGGGCGCCGAGCUGGGCGACCUGCGGGCCCUCCUCGCCGGCUUCGCGGCGAACUCGUCGGGCGCGGCCGCGCACCUCGACGGCAUCGAGGGUCGCCUGCGGGACUUGGAGGAGGUGUGCAGCAGCAAGUGCGUGGUGAGCGAGCCCGAGCUGGAGAGCAUCAGGGCGAGCAUCGCCGACUGCGGCGCCAAGCACGAGCUGACGCUGCUGCGCCUGGAGCGGCAGAGCCACGCGCUGCGCGUCGUCAACCGCAGCGUCCACGAGCUGCAGGCCCGGCGGCCCGACGGGGGAGGAGGUGGAGGAGGAGAAGGAGGAGGUGACGGGGACGUGGGCUCCCUGCAGGGCGAGCUCACCAUCCUCAAGGUGAACUUCAACGCCUUCAACCGCACACUCAAGGGGCUGCGCGACGCGGCCGCGCGCCGCGAACACGACGAGCGGCCGUCCGAGACGUCAUCGUCGUCAUCGAUGACGACGACGGUGCUGGAGGAGAGCGAGCGGCAGCUCGUGCACGAGGUGGCGCAGAUGCAGCGGCUGCUCAGCGACCACGGCUCGCGCAUCUCGCUCGGGGACCGGCGCGCCCGGGGGCUCCGCGCCGAGCUGGGGAAGCUCGCGGGGCAGAUCGUGGCGGAGGUCGGGCGGUGCAAGCUGUCGGCCAAGGCCGCGCACGAGGAGGUGCACGGCUUCGACGGCCGCGUGGCGCACGUGGAGGACGCCUGCCACAAGCUGCACGCCUUCUCGCAGAGCCUGGACCGCGUGCGCGACGCCACGGAACGUGCCGCGCACGACGCCCGCUCUGAUAUCGCCCGCCUCGAGCGCGCCGCCGUCUCCCAGCAGCGCGACGUGGCCGAGCUCAAGGGGGCCAUUGACGGUGUGGAGGGCCGCCUCCGAGAGGUGGCGGCCGCGGCGAAGUCGGCGUCGUCGUCGUCGCUUGCGCCCGGGGCCCCGUCCGGGGCACUUGCUCCCCACGCCCCCAAGGCGGCGGCGUUCUCCGUGUUUCUGUCUUCGCGCUCCGCGGGAGACGUCGUGAGGUUCGACCGCCUCCUCCUCAACGACGGAGACAACUACGAGCCCACGACAGGCAUCUUCCGCGUGCCCUACACGGGCCGCUACCUCGUGAGCGUCGCCCUCCCGGCUCGCACCGGACCCUCGGCGUCUCGCGCGACCCUCGUGGUGUCCGGCGAACCCGUGGGGCGGAUCUCAACGGCGGGGGAAGGAGAAGGAGGAGGGGGAGGAGGAGGGUCGUGGCUCAACCUCGGCGGAGAGCAGAAGGAGGUUGAGGAGGAGGAGGCAGCCGCGUCCUCCUCCUCUUUCCUGGCGGUGCUGGGUCUCCACGCGGGCGACACCCUCUACGUGGCCAGCUCGCUCGGGCACGUGGGGCCCGGCGCGACGUUCAGCGCCGCGAUGCUCUACGAGACGCAGGAGGGGAUGCUGUGAGCGCGCGCGGUGUGACCGCGUGCGUGCGCGCAUGUGUGUGUGGAUGUGCGUGUGUGUAUGUGCGUGUGUGGAUGUGCGUGCGUGUGUGUGCGUGUGUGUGUGUGGACGUGUGUGCGUGUGUGUGUGCGUGUGUGGAUGUGCAUGCGUGUGUGUGUGUGGACGUGCGCGUGUGUGUGGAUGUGCGUGCGUGUGUAUGUGGAUGUGCGUGUGUGUGUCCGUGUGUGUGUUGAUGUGUGCGCAUGUGUGCGCGUGUGUGGAUGUGCGUGUGUGUGUGGAUGUGUGCUCGUGUGUGCGUGUGGAUGUGCGUAUGUGUGUGGAUGUGUGUGUGCGUGCACGUGCGUGUGUGUGUGUGGAUGUGCGUUUGUCUUUGCGGGGGGGGGGGGGGGUUAGCGCGCUGCGCUGCGAAGCCAGCGACCCGAGUUCGAUUCCCGCUCAUGGCCAACAUCGGUGACGGUUUUCUGAACCGGUCCUGGGCUUCCCCUCGGUCGACUCAGCCUCAAAUGAGUACCUUGUGCAGUGCGUAAAAAAUCGCCACUGGGGAGACAAAGGUGGCUGGGCGUGGUGCUGGCCACCCACCUUCUUGUGUGCCGUUCUGGCCUUUAUAGGUGCUCGCUAACAGCACUUGCCCCAACAGUCUGUUGAGGCUAUGGAGUGUGCAGGGCUCUUUUGUCGUUGUUGUAUCUGUAUGUCUGAGUGCCGUGACGGCUUUCAUAGGUGCUGCUCGCUCACAGCACUUGCCCCUACAGUCCUUUAAGGCUAUACGGGGGAUCUUUGUCUUUGUCGUUGCGUUAGUGUGUGUCUGUGUGUGUAUGUCAGCGUGUGUCUGUGUGACGAUUAUCUGAACCGGUCCUGGGCCUCCGCUAGGUCGACUCAGCCUCAAUUGAGUACCUGGUGCUGUGUGUAAAAAAAUUACAACGCCACUGGGGAGACAAAGGCGGCCGGGCGCGGUGUUGGCCACCCACCCCCUCGUGUGCCGUGUCGGCCUUCAUAGGUGCUACUCGCUAACAGCACUUGCCCCAACAGUCUGUUAAGGCUAUACGGGGGAUGUUUGUCUUUGUGUAGUGAGUUCAACUGAGUCGCAUACGUACACUUGGAGGAAUUUAUUUAACUCCAACACACGGGGUAACUGCCCCUUAACAGAAUAACAACCUUUGGUGGUGAUCACCAGGCUAAGGGUCCAUAAAUAAAUGACGUCACGCACCUAGGGGGGGGGGGGGUCAGACAUUUGUGACGAUGUGUGACGAAGGGGGGGAGGUUGAGAAAUGUGACGUCACAUCAAAAUGCGCAACUUUAAAUAAAUAUAGACAACACGUUCUACUUAAUUAAAUAGACGUUUUAAUAAAUGUUUUCUCCUACAACAUCAGAAUGCAGCGCCACAUUAAAUACUGUACGCACUACAAUGACAAUAGUUUAAAGCGAUUUGCCGCAUGUUUAAAUUUUCAAAAUGGAAAUAUGGUUUUGGGGGGGGGGGCAGAGCUUUGUGACGUCAUAUUUGAGGGGGGAGUCUGACUUUUUGUGACGCCGUGUGACGAGGGGGGGUAAAAAAUCGUCCAAAAUCGCGUGACGUCAUUUAUGGAUCUGGACCCCGUGACCACCCCUAUCCCCCUUUGUAGACUUAACUGGUCACGUGUCCUCUCGGGUCAAACAGAGUGCCACGACCUUUAGUAACCUCGUGCCUACGGCCGGCACUCCCACACCUUGUCCUGUAGGGGCUGGCACUGCACGCCUAGGGCGUGCAGUGCCAUCCAGCACGAUCCAUCAGCGCUCACCGGGCCCCUCUAGGGCCGGUACUACACCCACGUGUAGUACCGGCCCUAUGUCGCUACAUUUGUAUAAGUGUCAGUGUAUGUUAAUGCACGCUUGCGUGUGUGUGUGCGCAUCUGUAUAUAUGUCGUGCGUAAGCGUGCGUACGGGGAGCGGCAGUGCGCCACGAACCCGGCGAGCCGAGCUCGAUUUGCCACUCGUCUGAACCGGUGCUGGGUCUCCCCUAGGUCGACUCAGCCUUAAAAAAUGAGUGCUGCGGUGCGUAAACGCCGGAAACGGAGCGUGGGGGGGGGAAGCAGCCGGCCGGGCAUGGUGACGGCCACACCACCCCCUGGUGCGCCGUGCCGGCCUUAAUAGGUGCUCGCUAACAGCACUUGCCCCAACAGCCUGUUAAAGGCGAUAGGGGGGGUUGUCUUUGUGUAAGGGCUGUACAUGUGUGUGUAGUGUAGCGGUUAGCGCGCUGCGCUACGAACCUGGCGACCCGAGUUCGAUUCCCGCUCACGGCCAACGCCGGUGACGAUUAUCUGAACCAGUCCCGGGCCUCCCCUAGGUCGACUCAGCCUCAAAUGAGUACCUGGUGCGGUGUGUAAACAUCGCCACUGGGGAGACAAAGGUGGCCGGGCGUGGUGUUGGCCACCCCACCCCCUCGUGUGCCGUGCCGGCCUUAAUAGGUGCUCGCUAACAGCACUUGCCCCUACAGUCCUUUAAGGCUAUACGGGGGAUAUUUUGUAUCUAUCUAUCUAUAUUCCCGCUGGGUCUCCUGGUAUUUGUAUGACUUCGCCAAGCACGUGUCACCUGCACCACCCCGCGCGCGCCCCAUCACCAAAAAGCAAUCCGGACUCCGCUGGGCCUCGGAGGCGUCGCUCGCGAACGGGCGCGGGGCAAUUCGCAAGAAGCUGCCCGGCCACGCGCACAGGGUUUAGGAGUCCAGCAAAAGCCCGACGUCGGUGCGACGUUAUCCCGACGUUGAUGCAACGUCGGGGUAACGUUUCCACGCGUUGACGGGGCGUAUGCACGUGUAGCACGCGCUGACCGAAGAUGGGUGAGAGGGCCCUUCUGUUUCCGCGUUUGUUCGUGGAGCGCUUGAAUUGCGUUGGAUUAUAAUUAUUAUCAAGGCAAGAGCCGCUUUCGUGGCUUAAUGAGUCGUCCAUUUAAGUAACAGCAACAGUAGUAAUUUGACAUAAAAAUCGAGACUCUCAACACGAAACGUUGUCAUCGUAUGGUGCUAUCACUCGCAACGUCGCGGUUCACCGGCGAGAUGCUGUACAAAGUUGGGGGGGUGGGGAUGGGAGGGGGGUUUCACCUAUUUACCUAUAUCAGUAAGUCAUCUAUAAGACGCAGAUUUAAAUUGUCUAACCCUCGCGCUGAGAGCGGUCGCCAAAUAUACGACGAUGGUGGUGUAAGGGUGGCCACGAUGUCCACGAGACUGUUUUGCGUGGUUUUUUCUUUUUUACAAAGGGUUUGUUUUUCGUGGAGCUGAAAUAAUUGUUAUAUUUUAAACGCAAUGGUUUAUAUAUAGCAUAUUGUUAUAUAUGCAUCUUUGAAGCUGUAUUUAAGAAUAGACCAGAUAACAAAAAAAAACUUCUUUUGUAUCGCCGAACUUUUGUGUUUUUAUACAACAAAUAAACAUCGAUUACAACUUU